UCAUUUCCUUUUUUUUCUGCCUGCGAGGAUACAAAUACCAUUUCUAAAUUCUAGUUCUAACCCGCUACCCCCUGUUCUCACUUCCCAGCGCCAGCGGACGCGGCCUCCGCGGAAUCCCAGCUCCCGGAUUCGCAUGAUUUACAUGAAUUGCUCUGUUCUCUGGACUCCCUGUUGUCACAGAGAGUAAUUGCCACCGCGAAUUCCAUCAAGCUCCGGGAAAAUUCGGCUCUUUGUUAGCUAGAUUUUCGGCUGGUUCAAAGCAGCAUCAGCUGUAGCGGGGAUGCGAGGAGUACAGCGGGGUGCUCGCGGGGAGGCGUCCCGGAAGGCGGACCGCGAGUUGGACCGGUUCGCCAUGGCCAACGAGGUGUUCCACAUCACUAGGGCCAGGUCGGAGCCCUGUCACCGGACUCGCGGUGCGGCUUCCGCCCGCCGGAGGAGGCCCUUCUCGACUUUCGGGCUCGUGUCGGCGAGGGAGUCUGGCCGCACGGGCGGCGCCGGGUUCUCGCCGGCCGAUCGCGCCUAUGUUGGCAGCAGGCACAUCCCCACGAAAGGGCCGUGGGGCGUCGACGAAGUGGAUAGCGAGGCCUACGUCUCGCAGUUCUCUGCUGAUGGGUCGUUGCUCGUCGCUGGGUUUCGGGGAAGCCGCAUCAGAGUUUACAAUGCCGAUAGAGGGUGGAGGAUUCAUAAGGAUAUAAGCUGCAGAAGUCUGCAGUGGACAGUUUCAGAUAUUGCUCUUUCACCUGAUCAACAAUUCCUUGCCUAUGCAAGUUUGUCGCCUAUUGUUCACAUUGUGAAUGUGCAGAGUUCUGGAAAGGAAUCACAUGCUAAUGUUAAUGAAAUUCAUGAGGGAUUGGCUUUCACCGGCGAUGAACAUGAUGAUGAAGACUUUGGAAUAUUUUCUGUUAAAUUCUCAAAAGAUGGUAAAGAAGUUGUUAUUGGGAACAAUGAAAGAUCAAUAUAUGUUUAUGACCUUGCAGCAAAUAAAGUGUCAGUUCGCAUCCGUGCUCAUACUGCUGAUGUCAAUGCUGUUACCUUCGCUGAUGAAAGCGGCAAUGUGCUGUACUCUGGAAGUGAUGAUAGUCUCUGUAAGGUGUGGGACAGGCGUUGCCUUGCUGGGGAAAAAUCAGCAGGUAUUUUGACAGGUCACUUAGAUGGAGUUACAUUUAUUGAUAGCCGUGGUGAUGGGCGGUAUUUCAUCUCCAAUUGCAAGGAUCAGAGAAUAAAACUUUGGGACAUCAGGAAAAUGUCUUCUGUCGUGAGAGUUCGCCCGGUGAGAAUAGUGGACUGGGACUAUAGGUGGAUGCCAUUCCCAUCAGAAGCACAUCAUUUUAAGCAUCCAAACGAUCAGUCUUUGGCCACAUACAGAGGUCAUUCAGUUCUGCAAACACUUAUCCGUUGCUACUUCUCCCCUAUGCACAGCACGGGCCAGAGGUACAUAUACACAGGAUCCAGUGACAAGUCUGUACAUAUUUAUGAUGUGGUAAGCGGGAAGACCGUUGAGAGGCUUUCAUGGCAUAGCUCAGUCAUCAGAGACUGCACCUGGCAUCCGUGCUACCCAACCCUCAUCACCUCCUCCUGGGACGGUUAUGUUGCCCGGUGGGAGGCCUCAGGCGAUGACGAUGACCCUUCAAUGCUUGUCGCCGAUGAGCAGAGGGCAAGCCCUUACUUUCAGCCAUACGGCGAUCCCUUCAUGAUGUAGAGAAGCUUGGUGCUGAGAGUUGGGAAGCAAGAUGAUGUCUUCCUGCACAGAGCGUAGACCAAAUGGCGGUGAACAUGGAGUUUGCUUUGUAGUUUCAGAUUCAGAUCUCAACUGGGUAAUGUGUACACUGUACAGUGCCGUUUGACAAGUAUAGUCGUGCAAUAAUGUCAGCUUGGUAAAUACAUGGGGCCCUUCAUGGGAAAGAAAAUGUGCAAUAAUGUUGUCUUGGUAAA